UGAACAAAAAAAUAUCUAAACUAUGUUUAUAGUCGAAGAAAUUGCGUAUAAAUAGAUAAUUUUUUUUUCAUUCGAAAGUGAAAUCGGUAAUUGACACACCAACGAACAUAUUUUUUGUUUCACUUUUAGCGAGACUGCGGAAUAUGAAAGUGACAGUGUUUUCAAGUGUGUUACUAUGUUGUCUAUUAGGUUGCGACACUUUGAUUGUCCCAGAUGAGAUACCAUCUUUACUAUCAGUUGUUUACUCAAAUAUUCCAACUGUAAAAAAAGGUACCGAUUCUAGGAUAGGUUGGGGAUUCAAACUAGGUAACAGAGCCGAUUUUCAAGUACUGGUAGAAUUAGGACCGCAGACUUACACUCAACCAAUUCAAAAUCAAAACCCUAAGGAAAAUACCAACAAAAGGAACACUUUAGAAACUUUGGCUGACACCUUGUAUGCCCAAAACAAUGAAUUGAAGAGGUUGAAAGCUCAAAUUCAAAACGAAGAAGCUUCAAUACCCGUGAAGAAUGAAGAGAAUAAGUCUAUUGAUAACAUCACUGGUUCCGAAGCUGCUGAUUGGCUGAAACGUUGGAGUGCAUCGGCCGAAAAAACAUCUGAUUACGUCUCUGUUGGAGUAAAACCUGGUUUAGGUAUUGGGGAAAUUGAUGCGAAAUCUGUUAUUCCAGAAGAUGAGGACGAUAAACUAAGGAACAAUGCAACAGAAAUGCAAAACAAACAUUCAACGCAAAAAUGAAAAAACACGUCAAAUGAA